GCUAGUCUGGGACGAACGCGCCUCGCGGGCUCCCCUCCUCAACUCUCGUACUAUUGCGAAUUAUUCUAACCCCAAAUUCACAUCCCACUCAGUGGGCGCUGCAUACAAUAAUUCUAAAAGUUGUUUAACACCAAUGUAAUUCAAAAUUAAAAUUUCUAAUGAACUUGGGUGCUCUCGCAGAAUUUGGCGAUUGGCAUGAUCUGUAAAUCUAACUUGGUGCGGUCUGACCCUCGCUGGAGUUAGAAAAGGUCAAGAUGCCGAUCAUACAGUCAUGCUGCUGCUGGCGCAGCCUCCGCCGCGGUUGUUACGCGGCGGCGUUAUACACCAUGGUGUACUUCUCUAUCACAAUUGUGACCAUGGGCCACUUCAUAGAAGUGGAACAGCGGUACCUAAAUGGCGACAUGACAGAACCAGAAUCCGAGAGUUUUCUGGAACCAGAGAAGAUCACUCCGAUUACGGUAUCGCUGAACAUAACUCUGCUAGCUUGCAGCACGCUUGGGCUCAUCGCGUGCGUGAUGCUCGUCAUCGGCGUGUAUAAGGACAUCAAGUUUUUGCUCCUGCCGUGGGUGGUAGCUAUGGGCUUGGAGACGCUCGUAGAGAUCAUCAACUUGGUUUACCUUUUCUACCUCCAGACAAUGGAUUUCAACCCGAUUACGUCGUUUCUCUUCACACUCGAUUUCUUCAUCAUAAUGCUGAACAUCUAUGCGAUGGUGUGUGUCAUCUCGCAGUUCCAGGAGUAUCUGGACGGGCGCGGCACCGCUGCAUUUGAUUAUUCCGAUCGGUUGGCUAUAGUCCAAUACACGGCCACAGCUCAGCAGACAACCACCACCAGCUCCGCACCAAGCGGCAGGCGUCGUUCAGCUGGAAAACCCAUGCCGAGCCGCUGCGACCCUGAGGAUUUCUCCGAGGCGCCACCAGCUAAAACAAUCACUUCCGUGCUGUCGAAGGCCGCCAAGUCCGCCGUGAAGAAACACGUGCAAUUCCCUGAUGAACAGAGCUGCAUCGAAGAGGCCAUCGAGGCCCCAAAUACUAGCGAAAAUCAGGAGAAACCAGACGGCCGAGUGAUCAGCUCGUUGUGGAUGGAGCUGGAGUCGGAGACGCCGGCGCCGGAACGCUGACGCCGGCGCAGCGAGCAGUACUACCGGCCAGUCUCGCGCGCACGGAUCGAGCGCCGCAAGAUGUCUGCCGCCGGAGUACCGCCCGCAGAUGAAACCCACAAGGACUCCUACUUGUAAAUCACACGGAUCUGACAUCACCUUAAAGAUAACUCGUAUUUGAAUUGUGUACUUUCUACCGGAGGACGUUCAUUCAAUCAAUUCAAUCGAUCAAAAUAGGUACUUAUCACUGACUCCAAACGUCUUUCGGUGAAAAUAAACAUUCAACUUUGCCAAGCGAUUCAUAAGCUUCAAAAUAACUCGUUGAUCUCUAAACAUUUUUUAGAAACUAACGACAUUGCCUCACCAUGUUAUGACACAGUCGGUUAAAACAUUAAUUCGGUUUCAUCACGUAAACGAUUUUCUGAAAAAAGAAAUCAAUUUUCCCACGCAGCAUCGCAAUUUGUGUCAUCCAGUAACUUUUAUCUAUAGCAUCACUUUGUCAUGUUCCAAUAAAAAUAAAUUCCGGUGCGAUGAAAAGUAAAUGGUCAUGAACUUCGUUGGCGACUCCAUUAAUUAAUUGAUUGGUUUGUUCAAAGCACCAUUGUCAUAUUUAGUAAGCUUUUAAUUAAAAAUUCCUAGUUUGGUUAGGUUAGAAAUGACGAUGAAAUGUCAGGAUUAUUCAGUAAAAAAUAUUUUUCAGUUGCUGUAGAAUGCAAUCAUUAGACGAUAAACUAUGAAUACACACGAGGAGCGUCGUUUAUACCGGAUAUAGAAUAAAGGAAGCGCCGGUGUGCAACCCCCGCUUCCUUUACUGUAAAAGACAGUUGCACUUCGAUUCGAUGCAUUGAAUAUCAUUCUACAAUACGGUGCAGCAGUUCACUAAGUUUCACCUGAAACCUUCGAUGAUAUCCCGACUCAGUUAAUGUAAUACAUAAGGCAGCAAUUCAUUGACACGUUUCAGAGAUCACUGUUCUCAAGAAACGCAUAAUGCUUUUGGUAAAUUUAAAAUAACUAUAUUUCUGAAUAAUUAAUAAACACAUAGUCUAUCCUUCGAAAACAAAAAUGUACAUGGCACAUAUCUAUACUAUAAUGUUUCUAUAUUCACUUGAAAUAAACAAUUAUUCUUAAUGUACUGUAAUAAAUGAUGUAGAAAAUAACUAUUGAUUAAACAUCAUCUUAUAAUAAUAGUUUAAAAAUUAAAGACAUAGUGCUCCGAAAUUGGCUUCUUAGCUGAGUUCUACCUACUCGUAACUAACUGACAACCCUAAUCUAGACCAUGCGAGGUUAAAACUUCGAGGCUUAGACGGCGGGUCAUGCGAUGCCCUUGAACCGAUUUUAGCGGGCACCAACCGUCUGGGGUUAUACCUACCAUCUUCAUUGCAAAAACACACUUUAAAUGCACCUCCAUAACUUUUGCUGUGCAAAUACGUUUUAAGUUCAACUACUAUAUUAAGAUCUUUUGUUGAUGUAAUUAAGUAAACAAAUUUCUCUAUAAAUUCAAUUUAUUAGAAUAUUAAUAAUAUACGGGAUGUUAAAUAAUAAUUGCUCUUUAGUAAAAUGCUAUAUAAUAUAGUUAUUAUCUCAAAUAUUCUGAUCUGAGUAGACAGGAAAGUAUACACUGUAAAGCUAACUCCAAUUAAAUUUGUUCAAGCUGAAAACAUCUCUGCACCGGAAAAUUAUACUAUAAUCUCUAGUCUAUCAGAGUUGGGCUCGAUACCAACCAUUGUUAGCACACACGAGCUGGCAACUUAAUAAACCUAAAUAAAAAUAUGAUUAAAUUUCCAUAACUAAAUAUUUUUAAUUGUCAUAAAAAUAUGUUAUCUAGAUUUGCAAUAGUAAAUAUUUAUUAGGUUCAUUUCAGACAUGCACACGAAUGGAAAAGGCAUUGUACCAUAGGUUAUUGUAGACAAUUCGCUAUGUCCUGUACAAAAAUAAAAUUCUAAAUAUCCAAUAAUCAUACCUGUAAACGAUUAAAAUGAAACCAAUUCUAGACAUUUACAAUUUGCCUAAACACUUAUUACUUUGAUAAGAACUGAUAGAUAAAUAGCGUCAUAAAUGACAACGCAUAUCAAAAUACGACUCCGUAGAAAUAUUUUUAAGUAGAACGACGAAGCACAAACUACAUACUGGAACUAAUUUCCGCAGGGGAUAAACACUAGAGACACUCGCCGAUUAUUCACGGGCAAGUGAACAAAUAGACCUGUAGAUUAAAAUAAAACUGAUUUGCUAAACAUUUAUUACAGUUUAUAGCCUUUUAACAUGAUAAGUCGUUAUCAAAAUGAAUAUAAAAGUUCAAUACUUUUUUCUUUUCGAUAGAUGCUUUAACAAUUUAACCAUAUUGUCUAGUAGAAAAGUCUUUAUAUUUUCUUGUACACAUUUCAUCUACAUACAGUAUUAGAACUUGCCAAAUGAUAUUUAGUGUAACACGUUUAAUUAUUGAAACAAAUUCAAUGUGUAAAUGGCUAUUUACGAGUAUUAUCUUUAAGGUGACAUGAAUGCAGGGAGCGAACAGGGUACAAGCGAAGCUAGUCAUGUUUGUGGUAGCGAGUAAAAAGUACUGUAAGUGAUUUUGUAAGGUAUGUACGCCAACUUGCUGGCUAAUCGACUGUUUGCGAAGGACUAUUCAAGGAACACCAGCGUUACACCACAGGUUCAGUAAUUGUGUGAAACAUCCCACUGCCCUAUACGACCUUAUCAGCUCUGAAUACAGGACAUUUCUUAGACAUUUUAAAUGUAUACAAGCCUUUCUUAUUGUAAUCUUGUAAAUGCUAACUUAAAUACAGGAUUCAUUCCAAGUCGUCUGUUUAGUUCCUUUCCUUCACAUCUCCGUUAUAGUGCGGUAAGCAGCACUAUUAAGUAUUCUGAUAAAGAAAAUCUUAAUAAGCCUCUAUCCUGAAGUUGAAACAGCAAAAACUAGUGCAUAAAGUCUUGAUGUAGCAUCCUAUUCCUCACAAUUAAUAACUACAAUAACUCUGUGCUUGUAACAUUAGUAUAUUAUGAUGAAUAUAUACAAUAUUUUGAUGUUAUUAUCAUGAAAUGUAUAUGAAAAAUCCAAAAAAAAUAUAUAACUAUUACUUGAAAAGCUUUGACUACUUAGAUGUUAUAACCAACUAAGUACUGAUAGAAAGAUUUUAUUUGUAUUUUACUGUACAUACCUACCGCUGACUUAAAUCUAAAUUAAAUUGAUUAAUUUGUUUUAAUUUUUGUGGCGGCAUGUCUUAAAUUCGUUGAAUUGGAAUGUUAAAUUACGUUUUCCGUGGUCGGCUAUAACUGCGAGAAGCUUUGAAUUAAAUUUUUUUUACGACCGCCUGCAUAAAAUAAGACUUUUCUACCCUUUGAAGCAAUUAUUUUAAAAUGGAAGCCGUAUUUUAGUUUUCCAUUUACUGGAAUGAUGGGAAAUUACCUGCUCUCGUUGCUCAAUAACUUUAUAUCUCCUUAACAUUGCUUGCUAGGUAAUAGAUACGUAGGUACACUAUACUAGUAACUUGCAACAUGUUUAUAUUAGUGAACCGAAUAUUUACUAUUAAGAAUCUUACAUAUGUCUGUACAUGUAACCAAAAAACUUCAAUACAGUAAUAUAUGAACGUUUUUAAUAUUAUUGCAUAAUUAUUUGGUUAAUUUAUUCGAUUUAGGAACGUAUUAUGAUUCAUACCUUUCUUUGAAUAAGUAGUUUUAUGGCUUCCAUGACGCAUCAGGAUUGCUUCCGUUUGUAUAAACUACUUCGUGGUCCCGUAUAGAAAUAGCUUGGUGCGUCUUAUAAAUAUUUGUUUUGAGUCUGGGCGUUUUGGGACCGACCAUCCUGAUUUUCGAGUAAAGUAGUUUCGACUUCUGUACUACGUGAGACAGUUUGAUGCAUUUAUUAAUUGAUAAUCCAUUAAAUUUAAUUAUAACAUAGGUGUAUACGUAGUAAUGAAGGCAUCGCAGUCGUUAUAGUCAGAUAUGUAACAUUCAAUUUUGCUUCUCUACGUAUGGUAAUCAAAUUAAUAAUAUAGAUGUUAACAUAAUAUAUAGGUACAAGUAACUGUCCCGAGUUUUAUGAUUUAUCACUUUUUCCAUCAGUUUGUGUACUGAAGACACAUCUUUCAGUUCUUUUUAGUGCUACCGAGUUCUGUGAUUUCUGUUACUGCUCCAUGAUUUUUAAGCUUUACAUACAAGUUGGAGUUUAUUUAGUAUAAUUUAGAAUACAAAUUGUAUCGUAGGAUAACAUAAUAUAGUCUAUAUUUUGGUAAGAUAAUGCAAUUUUGUUUUUACCAAUUACUUUUCCUUUAAAAGGUUCAUUUCAGUUUUCGAGGUAUUUCUUAAUAUAUUAAGUUAGAUGAUGGUAAGAUUUUAAAUAUAUCUUGUUUGUUGUAGCGAUGUUCGUCAUCGAUUAUAUUACAUUAUAACCACGAAUAUAACAAAAUAAUUCAUUAGAAUAGAAAGUUUUCGGUGUCUAAAAUAAUCACAAUACUAGCCAUCAAUAUCGACCUGCGGGUUUUGUCACUGAACAAACUCUACAAGUUUAUAAUAGUUUCAUAGAAAUGAAACCAUAAAUAUAACUAAUUAUAAUUUGACUAUAAAAUUUAUUAACAUUCCCACCAAUAUCUAUUUGUCUCUGUGCCUCUUCUUAUAAAAACGUGGUUGGAUUACUUGAUGGUUAGUAUAUCAUAGUCAAUAUUGCAGAUCCAGUAGAGUCAGGUACCUUCUCCAGUAGCAUAGCGCUUCUUAGUUAAUUCAUGUAUGUUAGCCAAGUAACAGUACGAUAAGGCCUUCUCCAGAUGACAGGGGCUAGACGCGCGUUAAUCGCUGCCAUGGGGUUUUAUUGGAACAACAUUGUUUACAUGCGAACCCAGAUUUUACUCUACGAAUGUUUAAUCAACGCGCGUCGGACGCCUGUAAUCUGGUCGAGCCCUUAGUGUAAUAGUUUGAACAUAAAUGUCAUAAUAUUACGAAAUAUAGUAGACGGUGUCAGUAAUUAUGCAAACAUUUAAUGUCACGUUUUAUCCGUAAAUAUAAUAUUGGUGUUAAUCUCUAAAGACUAUUCCUGCGCUAUUUCAUGUCGACCAUAAUUUAUAUUUUCGAGUAACGUAUAAUUUUAAAGUAAGUAUUAAGUUACGUUAAUUAACUGUUAUU